UUUUUUUUUUGGAAACGGCAGAAGCCUGAGCGUUGUGAUUACGUUGGUUAGAACUUAGACUUACUGUUAGAAGAAAAGAGAUACUGUGACAGUGAAGCUUUCAAAAUUUUCUGAUUAAGCAUGUGUCUAUCACUUCAUAUAAUGUGAACCAGGCAGAGCUACUAAUCUUAUACACCGUUAGAACUACUUGAGAAAAGAGAAAAAUAUUUUGAAAAUGUUAAGAUAUAAAAGGUGUUCUGUACAAAACCCAAGAUUUCUUCUUGUGUGAUUACAAUCUUUGACUAUAACAUGACAGAGAAAAAAAAAUGGGAGAUAACAGUUCACAAGAUUGUGCAUCAGCAAUGAUGGAAACACAUGGAACAUCUAAAGAUCCAAUCAGGGAGAUGUAUCCUUUUAACCACCAGGUUGGAGGUCAUUCACAAAUGCUGCUUUUGGAACCUGACACUUUGUGUAAACCUCUCAUUCAACGCGAACUUCAUUUCUAUCUUAAUGUUCCUAGAGAAAUGAAACAUUUUACACCUCAUUACAAAGGUGUUAUUCAAGUUAGUGAACUGGACAACAGAUCUGUCAUUGUCCACUCAACAAAACAUAAAGACAUAUCAACCAAAGAUUCAUGUAACCAUAAGCAGAGAGAAGUCAGCAGACAGUGUAAAUGGAAUGCUCAAGAAAAAUACAAGGUAAAAGUUUACAACUGUGAAGAUGAAGUGACACUUCUCCAGGAUUCUUAUCCUCAUUACUGGGCAGAUCAUAAAACACAUGGUUACACUUUAAAUCAGAAACACUUCUUGCUGUUAGAAAAUGUCACUUAUCACUUUCGCAGACCUUGCAUUUUAGAUCUUAAGAUGGGUACAAGACAACAUGGCGAUGAUGCAUCAGAAGAAAAAAGACACAAACAGAUAGCUAAAUGUGCAUCGAGUACUUCUUCAGCAUUAGGUGUCCGAGUAUGUGGAAUGCAGGUUUACCAAGCUGACUGUCAAGCUUUUCUCUGGAAGGACAAAUAUCAUGGACGAGCCUUGGAUGAAGAUGGAUUUCAAAACACAUUAUAUCAGUUUUUCCACAAUGGUUUCACUUUGCGUGUUGGGGUUAUCGAUACAGUAAUUGAGAAGUUGCAGGAAUUGCGGAGAGCUGUGGAAAAACAACAUUCAUUUAGGUUUUAUUCCAGCUCUUUACUUAUCAUCUAUGAAGGAUGUGGAGAAGAUGAUGAUGAAACAGAAGACUUGUUAAAGGAUAGUUUAGAAAAAUCUCCUGUAAAGAACAAUUCUAGCCCACCUGAGUCAUUCAGUUUAAACAGAAAUUGCUCUGAAAUGUAUUCCCUAGAAGGUCCUGUGACAAAACAGAAAGAAUCUGACAGCUGUUACUGCUCUGUAGAUGUUAGAAUGAUUGAUUUUGCACACACCACCCACGAAGGUUAUGAAGGAGAUACAGCUGUUCAUAGAGGUCCUGACAAAGGAUACUUGUUUGGGUUGGACAAUCUGCUUCGUUUUCUACUUGAUGUUCAAGGGAUGUGGCAAGAAAAUCACUUAAAGUGAAGAAAGAGUUAUCAAUAGUUCUGUUGAGUACAUGUGUAGAAUGGUAGUGAUGUAGUGAAUGUAAGCUAUUAAACUAGUGAAAACUAGAUCCAUGAAGUGUAAGAAAAUGAAACAAUAAUUUUGAAGGAAACAUAAAGGUUUAAUUAUGGAUCUUAAAAUUUGUUAUAUGUUGCUGAUUUGUUUCUUUAAAAACGUAAAGUGAUAUUUAUGUAGAUGAUGUAAUUUUGUAAUUAAGAAACUACCAUUUGCAGGAUAAGUGUUACUUUUUAUUCCAUUGAUUGGUUUGAUUUGUAGAUUUAUUUGAAUAUUUAUUUAUUUACACUAUUGUUUUGUCCUUUGUGAAAGACUUAAAAAAAGACACUAUAUUUUAAUUAUUAAAUUUUUCUGUUUAUUUUCAAAAUGUGUUCAGAAGUAAUCUUUUAACCUGUGAACACAAAUCUCCUUGUGUUAAACUUAAUGUUUUGAAAUAUAAAAAAAAUUGAGUGUUAAGUAUUUUGUUUGUAUUUAUUGUUUUCUGUGUACAGUAUACUGUAUAUGGUAUUUUUUAAUAAAUGUGUAUGUCUAGUACAACUGUGAUAAACCUGAAAGGUAUUUCUUUUAAAUUGUCUAGACACUUGAUGUAAUGCUAUCAUAUAUGUUGUAAAUGUUAGUAUGUAUUUCUUAUACUGUGGUAAUCUUCAUGAAUCGUGAAUGUUGGUAAUGGUUAUGUUUUGUACACAAGCUUUUAUUUGACUGAUUUUUCUGUGUUUUUUUUUAAUGAUGCAAAAUAUAUUAGUUUUGUUUACCUGUGUUAUGUUUAUAUUGUAGAUAAUACACUGUACUUACUGCUGAUCAUACCAGCUAUUUAUUUACAUGUACAGUGCAUGAAGAAUGAAAUUUCAAUAUAACUUGUCAAAAAAGCCUGAUUAUGAAUAUAGUUCAUUAUAAUAUAGGUAUAAGGUUGCAAGUAUACAUAAAUAUACAUGCAGUGGAUCACUCUGCAUUUAUCUGUGUGUGUACUGAAUGUAUGUUAACAUCGGAAACCAGCAUAGUCUAAUUAAGAUUAUCAUAACUGAAUUACACUUUCAUGGAAAAGCAAUAAUAAUCAAAUACUACUGUAUGGGUGUAUAUCCUAAUUACUGUGGUAUGUCUUUCUUUAUUUAUGACUUCAUAAGGGAUUAUUAUAUAAAGGUUGAAACUGGUUCCUUGUAACUUGUUACAAACUGUUUUAUUUAUUUUUUUAGUAUAAUUUAAAAUGACCAACUAAAUAGUAUUUGUAUAAAAAUAAGAAAGAAAAAUUCAGUUCCACAUUUUGGUUUAUUUCACAACAGAUUUAUAAACAUUAACACAAAUGUAAUGUUAAGUAUGUUCUGACCAAAUUAUAAGUAUUUGAAUAUGUAUUUUAACCAGAGAAAAAUGUAUGUGUGUGUGGGGGGGUUGCAUAUGCAGGUGGUGAAACCUGAUGUGGUGGUGGUGAGUAUGUGGCUGAUUUAGUAAAGGCAAUGGUCAAUGACUUCAAAAAGAUGCAUGAAACUUUAAGAGAUCCUUUCAGGACACUUCACAUGUGUCAAAUUAAUAAUAUUUUCUCAGCUUUGUGCCAGCCUUGGGAACAUACAUUCUGUAUCCCAUCUCACUCCUCUCAGCUUCUCUGAUUCACCAUUCCUGAAUAAAUUUUUAACCAGGCUGAUGUUUUUUUGUAUUUUUUUCUCUAUAUCGUUUCUUCUCAUUGGAUAGGGUUAGAUUGCACUCUUUAUUUAUUUUACCUCCAUAAGGAUACUUUUUCAAUAUUGGUAGAGCACUCAACUUUGAUUUUCAACCUGACAUAUCUGCAUAGCUGGUUGAUCUGGUCAGUGUACAAGACUACUCUCCAUAGUAAGCCAUUGUCCACUUUAAGCUCAAGACGAACUUUUUGAUAUGAGAAUAUCUUGUGUGGACAGAUAUUUUGAUGCAAAAGUAUAUAUAUAUACAACUAAACACAUUAUACUGAACACAGUUACCUUUUGCCACUGUAGGUGUACUGGAGAUAUAUGUAAUAUUCUUAAUAAACAUGCGAGCUUCUCUUUCUCUCUGUAAUAUACAUACCAAAAAAAUGUUUUUUUAACAUAUUUCACAUAUUAGAUGUUGUCACAUCUGGAUUUGAGUCUGAUAAAGUUGAGGUCAUGAUGACAAUGGAAAUUGUUUUUCUAACAACAAUAUAUCAGUGAUGCUAAGAAAGUAACAUGGGACAAUCUCACUUUUGAUUUUAGCUUCAUGUAAUUUUUGCAUCCUCAGCUAUAGAUUAAUGUUUAACUGACCAUUGUGGCUACAGUUUAAAAUACUGAAAUUGAGAAUUUUAGUUACAAGAAUAAGUACAGGAUGUGUUAUUUAACAUUCAUUAUGUUGCAAGUAUCCAUGUUCUGUUCAUGUUAUUUUUUACGUUUAUAUUUGCCAAAGUGGUUAAAAGUCUGAAUAUCAAAACUUUUACUAUAAUUAUAUUUUGUUUAUUUAUAUUAUCCUGAAAAGAAAAUUUGGUGUAUCAGAUUUAAUAAUUUAAUUUAGAGGGUUCUAGUCCCACAACACUAUUAUAGAUUCUUCCAUACUUAAUUAUUUCUUACAUCCGGUGCUAUACGACUGUAUACUUGUAGACCUCAUAUCUAUGCAUUUACAUCUCUACCAUUAUAUCAAAUGAACUUAAUUUAUGUCAAAAGGCUAUAUUUUCAGCUACAAUACAUACUUAGUGGAAAAAAAUGAAAAUAUUUUAUACAGUUUUAGUGUAUUAUAGUACAGUUUCAUCAUGCUGGUGGUGAGUUUAAUUCCUUCAAUAUGAAGUAUUGGUCUUUAAUAUUUUUGUGAUUAAAAAUCCUUUUCUUGAAGAAACUUAUUGAUAUAAAUGUAGCAGUUGCUACUAUUGUAUAAAGAGUUUUAUAUAGUAUGGUGUAUGUUGUGAGUUUUGAUGUAGCCAGUAACCUGGUAUUUUUUAUUCUAGUUUAAAAAAGAAAAAGAAACAUGAGCCAAUGGUAAUGGUUAUAUUCAACUGUAUCAUGUCAUCAUGAUCAGAGAAAUGAAGUCAGUGCAAACACUUCUUGAUUGUGGUAGAGGUUCUCUGAGCUUUCAAGUAUGAUGAACGAUGUUUUUACAUAUGUGAGAAAGCACUGACAAGAAAGUAAUCAUGAUCAAGUAUUCUUUUUUAGAGGUACACACUUUGAGUGUUCUGUGUGAACAUGUUUCACUGAUAGAGAUGAAAUGUUGUACCUAAAUAAAUCUAUAUUUCUCAUAUAGCUGGUUUAAAAGCAUUAUAUAUAUGAUCUAACAUGUCAUUCUUUACAAAGCUUUUGUCUUAUAGCGUAUGGUCUCUAAUUAUGAGAACUUUUUUGUGGCUUUACUGAUUUAUAUGUAUUUAAGUAGCUAAAAAUAACUGUUUGUUGUUGAAAACCAGAUUGUGUAUUUCAAUGAUGGUCAUCAAUUGUCUGUUUUUUGUCUCUAAGGUUAAUGUGCCAUUUCAACAAACUUAUUAAGUAUUUAGGAAAUGUGAACACUUAAGCUUUUACGAUCUUAAAAUUAAAAGAUGUAAUUUGUGUAUCAAGCAGGUUUAUCCAAAAAUCCUUCAAUACUGUAACUAUUUAGAGAACUGCACUAAUCAUCAUUGGUUUUCAGUGAUAGGAUUUUUUUUCUUUGUAUACUUGUAAAAUUGGUUUGAACUUUUUGGCUACCAUUAUGUUUAGUUUUUAGUUUAGUAAACAGUUUUAUGUAUUUCCUUCAUAAUUGUGGUGUGAAGGUGGUGCAGAAAAUUCAGUAAUACUAAAUACAGUUUCAAAUAUAGAUUGAAACACUUGCAGCAAGAGCAUGUGGUAAGUGGUGUAAUAUAUGUACAGCAAAACAGGAAACAAGUCACACUUAUUUGUUGGCAAAAGAAAAUAAAGUACAUAUACAUACUUAUGUAGUACUUCUAUGGAAAUUUCAAUCUAAUAAAAAGUGAUAUUAUUGUUGGACUGUUAAGUAAUAUUCUACGAAUAUUUCACAAAGGUUUUGUUAAAAAAAAAGAAUUGCACUUUGGAAUGGAGCUUUGGUUUAUGAUAUAAAUAAAUUAAACAUUCUUUUGUCUGGCUUGGUACCAACACUUGCAAGAUCCAACCACUAUGCCACAGUUAUGUAUAAGUUGUAAAAUUGUUGAAUGGUGUUUUAAGCAUCUACAUGUAGAUGCACUGAUUUACUUCCUAAAUUUUGUUUAAAAGUGGAAUAUAUAAAUUUGCCUCAGUAACCAGAUAAUUGAGUUCGAUAUUAUAUUUGAUACUUCUGUAUUAAGAUAAUUCUGUGUAUCAUACUUGAUACAACUAAGCUUUUAAACAGUUUAGCGAUUAAAAUGUUCAUAUAAGUUCAUUUGUUUUUUAGUAUAUAGUAGAAGUACAGCCAGAAUAUUUGUGUAGGGUUGUAUGUUAGUAGUCAUUGUCCAUAUUUCGAAACAUUUAAAUAAUGUAGAAGUAUCCAUACAUAUAAUAUUUUUAUAUUUGUUUAUUAACUUCUUUUUUAUAUUUAUUAUUUUGUUUAAAAUUUAAUUUUAAAUAUGUAAAUGUAGUUUAAUGAUUUUUUUUUCCAUUUCCUAUCAGAGCUUUUGGAUAUACUGGUGACUUUUUGUAUAUGCUAUAAAAAGCAUAGUGGAUGAUAGUCCAUUGUGAUUUACUUAGGCAUUUUAAUAUUUAUUAUUUUAUUGUUAUAGUAAGGGUCAUAUGUAUUUUAACUUUUGUGUGAUAAAACUGCACUUAAUCUCAUUCUGGUCAAACUUAUUUUGUCAUUUAUUAUGUUUUUUAUGAUAAUUAUCAAUUGUAUACUGUUAAUAAAUUUAGCAGAUGUAACUCUUUGGUGUCCAAUUAAAAGAUUACUGAAUACCAGAA